UAUUCAGUUUUUACAGACCAGAAUUUACAAAUGAGCUUACUCGAUCCAACACAAAUUUACAACAUUAUCGACAUCGAAAUUCUAAAAAAGGCUGGGAAAGGAUUGGGUAUUUCUAUUGUUGGACGCAAAAAUGAGCCUGGAGUUUAUGUUUCCGAAAUUGUUAAAGGAGGUGUUGCUGACACAGAUGGGCGUUUAAUGCAAGGGGAUCAAAUUUUGGCUGUUAACAAUCACGAUGUUGCCAAUUGGAUGCAGGAAGAUGUUGCUACUGUUUUAAAAACAUGUAUUGGAAAAGUUUCCCUCAAAAUUGGUCGCUGGAAAUUAACAGAAACAGCUCAACGUGUUCGCUCUGCUCAGCCUCCUUCAAACAAUACAGAAAAUAACAACAACAAUUCUGUCGAAGAAACAACAACACAAAUGCCUUUACAACAACAACAAAAUAUAAAUGAAUCUAAUAAUAAUUCACAAGAUUUGUUAAAACAACAAAAUGGAAGUAAUAGAGAUCCCCCACCGCCAGCACCUAUUCCUGCUGGAGCCAAAUUACCUCCACCAACACUACAAAUAACUUUACAUGACGAGAACAAUCAACAACAAAAUUUAACAGGGCGAACAGAUUUAUCACCUGUUAGUGAAGAGGAUCUGAAAUCCAUAGCGGAGACCGUAGCCUCAGAAGAGACUAUCUCCGGAAUCACCACAACCUCUUCCUCCCAAAGACGCCCAAUUAGUCAAUUACCAAAUAGCGGUUCAGCUUCAACUUCCUCUUCUACAAAUAUUCAACAACAACCUUCUGCUGCUUUUAGAUCAGAUUUAAAAGAGGCUGGGUGUGAUAGUCUUUUAAUUGCUCUUAAAAAGGAUGAAGGGCAACAAUGGGGGAUGGGGAUUGGAAAAAGGCCUAGAGGAAUUCUUAUAACUUCUCUUCAGCCAGGCAGUUCUGCAGCUGAAAAAUUAGCAAUUGGUGAUCGUAUAAUGGCUGUUAAUGCACACGAAGUUACAACACAACAUUCAGCAGUUACUUAUAUCCGUUCAAGUGGUAAUUCUGUUACCUUACAAAUUUCAAGACCAGCAAAGCUUAGUACAACAACAACAUCGUCAAAUAAUUAA